UAGUACAUCCGUCUUGAGCAUCUCAAACUCGCAGUAAAACAAUGGUAUCAUUCCGCUUCCCCUUCUCGUUUGCUCCGCCCCCCUCCAAUGCCUCGCCGCGGCACUUCUCCGUCGCAAUCGCCGCCGCCGCCUUCUCGAUCACCGGAGCCACCAUUGCCAUCUCACAGAACCCCGACAACUCCCUUGUUCGAACCGCACUCAAUUGCUUGGUUUCCAACAAAGGUCUCUGGGGCUCUCUCUCCCUCUCCGCAAACUCCUCUCCCGUCGCUGAGCCCAGGACCGGAGCCUCAUUUCCUUCUGUUAUCAGAGAUUCCCACCGCCUUCUCGGAAUUGGCCUCCGGAGAAAAGCCGUUCUAGGGUUGAAAAACAUCGAUGUCUACGCUUUUGGUGUAUAUGCUGAUGAUUCUGAUGUAAACAAGUUUCUUAGUGAGAAAUAUAGAGAUGUAUCUGCUACUGAAUUGAAGGGAAAUGACAAGUUGAAGGAGGAUCUUAUGGAGUGUGAUGUUGGCAUGACUAUUAGGUUGCAGAUUGUGUAUGGACGAUUGAGCAUUCGUUCUGUUCGCAGUGCUUUUGAAGAGUCGGUAGGCAGCAGAUUACACAAGUUUGGCGGAUCAGAUACCAAAGAAUUGCUACAAAGAUUCACAGCUCAAUUCAAAGAUGAAUAUAAAUUACCCAAAGGCUCCAUUAUUGACCUGUCGAGGGAGCGGGGCUAUGUUCUUCGCACAACUAUUGAUGGGAAGGAGGCUGGAUGCAUCCAGAGCAAGCUCUUGUGUCGGUCAAUCCUGGAUCUGUACAUUGGCGAUGAACCAUUUGAUCGAAAAGCCAAAGAAGACGUAGAAGUGAGCUUGGCUUCUCUCCUGGGAAAAUAGAUGAUAUUGGUCUCAAGUCUAAUUCACAGUUUGGGAAGAUAAGAAUGCUGCAUAUUUAUUACUCUAUGUAUGUUGAGUGAUCUCCGGUUAUCGUGAAAAGAAAGAAGGGGAGAAAUGGCAGGUUUGAACUUCUCAAAAAAGCCAUCUCUGUUGAGGGAUGUUGUAGAAUAAAUUCUCAUGGUUAAUAGAACUGGAAGGAAUGUGGCAGAUUUUAUUGCUACAUUUGUUCUUGCUGGUCAA